GGUGAACUUAUUUUCUGAAGAUAGCUAAAACUUUUUUUCCAAAUAAAUAGACUAGUUAUAAGAUGGAAGAGACCGUUUGGACACCUCAAAUUGUUGAGGAGCUGUUGUUCCGCCAAUUCAUCAAAAAUGAAGAUAUUUCACAGCUGCUGCCACCUCCCCCCAAAUUUUCGAAUGAAAAUUUCUUAGAGCAGUAUGAUCAGGCUACUAAAAUGCUUUUCAGCUACGUGCGUAGUGGGCCCACCACGGCGUUGUCUCCACAGAAUGUCAACACUGCCGCAGGCAAGCACUACCACAUGACACCGAGUAAGCCCUUCAUGGGAAGUCGUACCCCAACACCCAAGCCAGCCAUGGAAGUGCAGCGUAUUCACGCACAAAUGCCCAUUGUUGACCUUGGGAGUACACCUUACGCACCAAAAGUGGCAUCUUCACCAACGCCACCUCAGCAUAAACGCGCGAAGGUUGAGUGGCCUGCCAGUGUACCAACGAACAACAUGUUGAAGAGUAAUAGCCGGUCCAAAGUGGCUCCACUAACGGUGAAGAGGGUGGCGGCGCAGCAGUCUGUGGAUCCGGACUUGAUCUUCAACCAAAAUACUGAAGAACUUCCUUUGAGUAUCAUUUUCGCCCAGUAUCCAAAGGCCUUGAAAUCUAUCUCAGCCGUCCGAAACGCAAGCGGUGACUGGCGUGCCGAUACCUUUACACAGGAGGAAGAACAACUCUACAAAAGAGAGCUGGGGUUUGAAUUCCUCGGUCCUAGUCAGUGCUCUUAUAAAAAAAGUGUACUUACGAAGCGCUAAAAAAAUUACAAUCCGAUUGCAUUUCCUUACGUUGUAGAUUCAAUUUUUUACACUUUUAUUUUUCCCUCAUGUGCUAGAUUUUUUUUCAGACUUUCAGGUGCGUGUAUGUGCGAGGACAA